CACACAAAUCAUUCCUCUUGAUGACAUCAUCCUCCUCCUCCUCUGCUCUCAGUGAAUCAGCAGGUCGGCCCUCAGGACCCUGGUCUGGAUGACAUCACUUCCUGGUUGGAGGAGGUGGUCCCUGAGCUGGACCACCUCCUGAGCUCCAAGUCUUCAGUCAGCAUGAAGGAGCUGGAAGCUCAGGCCAAACAGCUGAAGGACUUGGAGCGAGUCUUCUCCCACUACGAGCCCACCAUGCUGAAGGUGGGCCUGCAGGACCAGAGGACAGACUGGAGCAGAGCCUGUUCAGCACUGCACAGGUGGGACACCUGCCUGAGGAGGAAGCUGCUCUGCUGCCAGGAGUUUCAUCAGAGCCUGGACUCUCUGCUGCUGUGGUUGGCUCACACAGAGAGCUGGUGUCAUGCUGUGGACGUCAAACACCUGCAGACGAGCGAUGAGGCGCUGCGUCUCCACGACAACACGCUGAUGGCGCUGCAGGAGGAGCUGAGGGGCCAGCAGAGUCAGCACACCUCCCUGUGGACUCUGUGGUCACUGCUGCGACCCCGAGACACUGCUGAGGACCAGCAGGACGUCCAGGAGAAGCUCCAUGUGACGAGCAACAAGCUGAAGCAGCUCAGGAAGAGGGUGGAGCAGGACCACCACAACCUGCAGCAGAGACUGGAGUCUGAGGCAGCCAACAGCUCCCUGACAGGACCCUGCUCUGCAAG